GCGGCCUUCGUUGCAAUGGUUCGAUAUCUAGGAACUCUGCUGCUGUUUUGCGACGAGGAAUUCCCGUGAAAGAAAGCGACGGAAGCUUCGUAAAACAUGCCUUUUCAAAGUCUCAAAUGAGACGAGCGUUUAUUGUGAAGUAGGAGCUCUCCGGCGUCUGCCGUGGGCUUUCAGGGGGCUUUCCUGUUGAGAGUGGCUACAGCAGAGAGCGUCAACGCUGGGAGCAAUUUGGAGGAAUCACUCUCUGGCACACAAUGGCAAAAAUAACAGUGAGUAGCUCACGGAAUUGUUGAUGGAAAACAGUAUUGUUUGCAACAUAAGAUACGACGACCAGAAUGCCAUUUGAGGGGUGGAGCUGCGGUUUGUUAAAUAAUACAUGAGGCUAGUGAAAAUUAGAAAAGAAAACUGCUGUAUGUGCACGACGUGUGACUUUUAUUAUUGCCUUUGCAAUAGUUCGAAAUGUUUGGGACCGUACUGUGCGGCAUGGUCCGUUAACCUUUUGCUCAUUAGCAACGUUGGCUAACUUUAGUGUUAGCUAGCUCUGUUUUUAAAUCUGAAGCAAUAACGUUUAACAGUUUUCUGUUACAUGGCUUGGAUUUGGUCAACAUUCGCCCGCUUAAAGUCAGGUUAGUAUUCGUUCUUCGAGAUGCUCACUAGCUUACUUACCUAUAAUCUAGCUACUGGCUAGCAACACCGGUUUACAACACUAGAAUGCGUUAUCUAAAUGAGGACUGAAGAUUGCUAAGUCAACGUAGAAGCCAUGGGAAAACGAUAACACUACGGUGUCUCGACAAUUCAAAUCAUGGACUCGGUUUAACUUUUGUUUUGAUCUGAAGCAGUUUUUCAAAAAUGAGUUGCAAUCAAAAUCGAGCUUGUCCUCAAUUGUUGAAGUUAAGAAUGUAAAGAAAAUGCAUCUUAAUUCGACAGCAUGGCACUGGCUUGGUGAAGUUUACCUAGUCCGGUCAAAGUAGAGGGGACCUUAACCUCUUUGACCUGAUCAAGCGUGCGUGCCAAACGUUUCUGUUUUGUUCUCCAAUAAACUUCAGGCAUGGCCUUCAAAAUUUGGAAUUAUGUCUAAAGCAGCGACUAAAGAGAAGAAAUCUUUCAGCAAGAAGCUCUUCCGUAGGGGCUCAGUGCGCUCCGUGGGGAGUUUUAUGAGUAGAGUCCUCAGGACUCUUUCAACCUUAUCUCAUUUUGGCACUGAGGAACACGCUACAGAAGAUGAGAAAGACGAUGGGGGCUUCACGUCCUUUAAAACAGGGGGGUCUGUUCCUUCGGAUGACAGCGACUGUGGAGGGUUUCUAUUUGGAGACAAGGUUCCCGGGGUGGCCGGUCUCAAGAACCAUGGAAACACUUGUUUCAUGAACGCAAUUCUCCAGUGCUUGAGCAACACGGAGCUGUUUGCUGAAUACCUGGCUUUGGAGCAAUACCGUGGGGACGACAGUGAUGAAAAGCCGAAGGCAAACGGUGUAUUCUUGCAAAGGAAGGGCCAACAGGAGAAGGGGGAGGUCACGGAGCAUCUGUCUGGUCUUGUUCGGGCAUUGUGGACCUUUGAGUACACACCGCAGCACAGCCGAGAAUUUAAGAAUGUUGUGUCAAAGAGCGCGCUGCAGUUUAGAGGCAACGCACAACACGACGCCCAGGAAUUCCUCCUCUGGCUGCUGGACCGAGUGCACGAGGACCUCAACAACAUCGUCAACCCCAGCAGCAGGUCAUCCAUAAAGCCCCCGUUGGAGGAUGAUGACGGAGCGUCAGAGGGACCCUCUCUGCCUGUGGCAGGCUCUUUUGUGCAGGAGCUCUUUCAGGCACAGUACAGGUCCUCACUCACGUGUCCUCAUUGCCAGAAACAGAGCAACACGUUUGACCCUUUCCUCUGCAUUUCCCUGCCCAUCCCCUUGCCUCACACACGACCUUUGUAUGUCACUGUGGUUUACCAAGGGAAGUGCUCUCACUGCAUGAGGAUAGGCGUGGCCGUGCCUCUGAACAGCACCGUGUCCAGGCUCAGAGAAGCAGUAUCACUGGAGACCAAGAUCCCUUCUGACCAGAUUGUUCUAACUGAAAUGUAUUACGAUGGAUUUCAUCGCUCGUUCUGUGAUGAUGAAGAUGAUCUGGAGAUUAUUCAAGAAAGCGACUCAAUCUUCGCUUUUGAAACUCCAGAGAUAUUCAGACCAGAAAACAUUCGUUCUCAAAGAGGAAGCCUGCAUGCAAAUUUAAACCAGAACAACUUGAAAUAUGGGACGGAGCACAACAGGACGCCUUCCUACCUGCAAGGAGCCGUGAAGCCGGUGCUGACCACCAAUAAGAACGCAGGUGCAGACAAGAUCAUCCUGCUUGUCUGCAACAGAGCUUGCUCUGGACACCAGGGAAAGAGGUUUGGUCACCCGUUUGUAUUGUACCUGGAGCGCACUGUGACCUGGGACGUUCUCCAGAAAGAGAUCCUGGAGAAAAUGAGACACCUGCUGAGGCCUGGGGUCUACAUCCAGGUGGGGCCCUUCAGCCUGCGUGUGGUGGGAGUGGUUGGAAUCACAUACCUCUUACCUCAGGAAGAGCAGCCGCUGUGUCACCCCUCUGUGGAAAGAGCGUACAAGUCCUGUGGGCCAGGGGGGCCUCCGCAUGUCAAGAUAGUCGUGGAGUGGGAUAAAGAGACCAAGGAUUAUCUGUUCGGACACACCGAGGACGAGUACAUCCCCGAUGCUGAGAGCGUGCGCCUGCAGAGAGAGCUGCACCACCAGCCGCAGACCUGCAGCCUCGCGCAGUGCCUGCAGCUCUACACCAAAGAGGAGCAGCUUGCCCCAGAUGAUGCCUGGCGCUGUCCCCACUGCAAGCAGCUGCAGCAGGGCAGCAUCAAGCUCAGCCUCUGGACCCUGCCUGAUAUCCUGAUACUUCACCUCAAGAGGUUCAGACAGGAAGGGGACAGGAGAAUGAAGAUGCAGAACAUGGUGAAGUUUCCUCUGGUGGGGAUGGACAUGGCUCCCCACAUGGUGAAGAGGAGUCAGAGCAGCUGGAGCCUGCCCUCACACUGGUCGCCAUGGCGACGACCUUAUGGCAUGGGCCGUGACCCAGAGGACUACCUGUACGAUCUGUAUGCUGUGUGUAACCACCAUGGCACCAUGCACGGCGGGCACUACACAGCCUACUGUAAGAACUCCAUUGAUGGACAGUGGUACUGCUUUGAUGACAGUGAUGUUCAGCCCAUAUCUGAGGAUGAGGUUUGCAAGCAGACUGCCUACAUCCUGUUUUACCAAAGGAGAGCCACCAUUCCCGCAUGGUCAGCUAACAGUUCUGUUGCAGGUUCCACCAGUUCCUCCCUGUGUGAGCACUGGGUCAACAGGCUCCCGGGCAGCAAGCAGCCCAGCGUGGCCUCCGCUGCCUCGUCCCGCCGCACCUCCCUGGCCUCCCUGUCGGAGUCGGUGGAGUUCACCGGGGAACGCAGUGAGGAUGAUGGACCUGCUGCCAUGCUGAGAGGAUUCUCAACACGGCCCUUUGUCCGGAGCGUUCAGCGGCAGAGUUCAUCUUCCAGAUCGUCCAUUACGAGCCCUCUGGUGAGCGAGAACGGGACCAAACCCUCCUGGUCCCUCUCUGCGAAGCUGCAGAUGAGGUCUAACUCCCCCUCGCGCUUCUCCCUGGACUCCCACUCCUCCCCUACCCUGGAGAGGAUAGGAGAGGCCGCCGAUGACAAGGUGUCCACGUCCUGCUUCGGCAGCUACAGCAAGCACGAGCGCCAGUCCGGCGGCAAGGCGCCCCUGGCCGCGAUGGAGGCCGUCACCAGUGACGAUGGGAGCAGCAGGAGAUCCCUUGAUGAGCCAUACUGCAAGGCCCCGUCGCAGGCAGCCAAGAGGAGCUCCAAGGCCGAGCCGGCUGACAACAACAAUCAAGCUGCGCCGGCAGAGAAAGGCAGUUUGGGACACGGGGCCUCAUCCAAGGAGCCCAAACAGCGCAGUAGCACAGCGGGGGCAGUGCAAAAGGCGGAAAGCACGGGGGCCAAGAGGACCUCCACCAAAGCUGUUCUGGAGUUGGAGAAGAGCUCCAAGAAGCGGCAGACCACCUCCUCAACUCACAGCUCUCCCGCCUCCCAGGCGUCGUCCAGCCCUCAGGCCAAGAGCUCCACCAAGGUGUCCAGCUCCAAGGACAAGAACGACUCCACAAAAGCCAGCAAGGCGUCGUCUUCUGGGACGCCCACCAAGAAGGAGCCCACCCAGGGCCAGGACGGCGUGCUCUCGGGGGCGGCCCUGCAGAAACAGCGCAUCUCCUCGGCGACACAGUCCACCGCCUCGCCCUCACCCACUCGGCGGAAAACCUCGUCAGGGGCGGAGAAGAGCUCGGCGUCCGGGAGGAGCAGGCUGUCGGAAAGGAGCGGCAGCCGGGACUCGCCGCGGGCCAGCCCCCUCGCCGACAAGCCCAGCUCUGCCAGCGCCUCCAGGACCGGGGCCGCCUCUCGCUCCUCCCUGCCCCGGCCUGAAAGCAGGACGGUCAGGAGCUCCAGCAGCAGCUCCUCCGUCACCAGCCUGCGCUCCCCCAGCGUCUCCUCCCGGGACGUCCGCCGGAGCAGCAAGUCAGAAGAAAAGGGCCUGUCCUUCUUCAAGUCUGCGCUCCGGCAGAAAGAGACUCGCAGGUCAGCGGACUUCGGCAAGACCACCAUCCUGUCCAAGAAGACGCCGGACGGAGCGGCUCGGUCGGGCGCGGAGACUAAAAACGGCGCAUCAGGGGCAGGAGAGGGGUCAGAAUCAGGUGGGUAAGCUUUCCUUUCCUCUCCUCUUCAUGUAUCUGUAGAUGCAUAUGUUUAUCCAGUGCAUGUGACGCUUGCUGCCGAUGUGUCAUAAAGGUAACGGCUCAGCAGGGAAUGUCAUAUUAUUCAGAGCAAGCCGUCUCAUCUGUCCACACAACCAACUGCCAAAGAGGGCCAGGUGGGGAGGGUCCACUUUGUACCAGCCAGUGUGCUCCCUGGCUCCCAGAGUGACCCCUCUGGUGCUUUGGCUGACGUGUUUGAACACACUUCUCAGGAGCUGGAGAGGGUCCCGAGUGACGCUGCGGCCUUUGAUAAAUGGCUCUGUAGUCAGUAGCAUUUGGGCCGCGCCGUCCCUGGCGGUGAGCUGCGGUGUAAGGAGGCAAGAGGGGGGAGCUGGCACUGCAGGCUGGUGUCUCUUCCUCAAUGGCAGAAUAAGAAGAGGCCUGCUGGGAAAGGUGGAGAACAGAGAGCCGUCAGAGACAGAGCUGCCUCCAGUAUAACAACAUUAGAAACAAAGCGAAAAAAAAGCUUGUGAAGCUGGUGUCUUGCGUGCUUUGAACCCCACUGUUCCAGCCGCAUUCCUCUCCUGUCUACUCUGAUUCAUCUACUGCAGUCCUCGGCUGCCACCGAUCAUUUCUGUUUGUUCUGCUUAUUCUGCAUCUUCUCUGGAAGAGUGACUAUUUUAAACCAUAAUCUUAAUCCAUCUGCUACAGGGUUGAGUUGGAGGCACGGAAUAUACGGCCUAUUAAGAAUAUAGCAAUUUCUUCAAAUUAGUUGGUCCAGCACGCCACAUGUAUCCAAUAGACAAGUUGAAAGGAAUGCUUUAUUGGGCAAAAAAGUUUGCAUUGUGGUUGAUAUCAUAUUACUUUCAAAGCCUGAUCAUUCCAUACAAAUCUUUUUUCCCCCCCUGAUUUGUAUAAAAAUGGAGUUUUCCUCAAAAACAAAGAGUGGCUAAUUAUCUGUGAUUAAUAAGUGAAAUGUUGCCCUUCAGACUGCAGUACAACCACUUCUCCAUGUUGCCUGCCACUGCCAUCUCGCACAAAACCAUUCUGUUACAAAUAAUAUCCUGCGUACAACUUUCAGGUGAACAUCACAGUAGUACUGUGAGAGACAACACUGAUCAGGGUUCAGCAACAGUCAUGAAAGCAAAUACCUUCUCCAUGCUGCCAGUGACAAACUUAUCAUUAACCUGACCGGACAGUUUUCACUAGUUCCAGUACAAGACCUGUAAUCAGGAAAUUAGCCAAUCGGCAUGCUGCAUAUGGGUCUGUGAGAGAAAUACCAUUGUGAAAUAUGAAGCACUGCAGUGCCAGCUGAUUGGUGCGCUUUUGAUUAGCAAAGACUGCUUUGUCCACCCUCUUCAGUUUUUUUUUCCUAUUGGAAUUAAAAUACAAUUAUGACAGUUGUGGCCCAUUUUGGCUUUUGCGCUUGCAGGCCGAGUGAACAGCUUGUCGAUGCACUGAUUUGUACGCAGAGAAAAAAAAAAUGCCAUUUGAAGAUUUAUGGAAGCAAUUUUGCAUGAUACUGCUGAUGCAUGCACUUAACUAUGCAAGCGACUGUUGCUAAUGGCUGCACUGAGUUAGUGAGACUGCUAAUGUAUAAGACCAGUAUAUAUUUUUACUGUAUUUUUCCAAUUGCCAGCAAAGAGCAUGAAUACUCAUAUUUUACUGCUUUAUUUGCACAUUUUUCUUUAAGGAUUUAAACUGCUCUGAGUUUGACAUGUGGCAAUGGUAGGUAGAGCUCAUUGAACUCAUCAAAAAACUAGUACCCCGACAACCCUGAGAUGGUGAAUAAUGUUUUCUGUAUUUUAAUGUUUCUUGUUUCAUGUAUAAUGUUUUUUUGAAGGGGUAGGCUAAUGCCUGGAAUCUCCUGUUUUCCAAUUCUUUCAUGGAGAGUUUAUGAUGUGGGUGUUCCUCCAUUACUGUAUUGAGGCACCUCGUAUAGAAUGCAUUAGCUUGUCCCUCACAGCUGAGACAGUAAUUCCAUCUUAAUCCCCUGCCUGCAAGGAUGCUGCAUAGUUCUAACAUCUGUCUCCCCCUGAAAGUCUCAUGUACUCUCUCAUUGGUCAGACUUUGCUGACAUUUGCUUGACUCCAUUCCACAUUGUAAUGACCUUCCAAACUUUGCAGUUGAAGUCCUGGUUCAAACGGUGAGUGUCUUUUCAACACCAUGUUCUUAAAAUGACAUUGCAAUCGUGAUGUGGCCAAAGUGGGUGAAACUUCACUUCUGGGGGUUUCAUCAUUGUUUCAUCUGCCAUUUUGCACAGGUGCCGAAUCAUUUUAAGAACAUGUGUUGAAUAUUAUGUCAGUUUUUUUUUAGGUUUUAGCAGAAGGUAUCAUGGCAUUUAUUUUGUGUGCACAUGAAACUUUGGUAACCUGUAAGUACUAAUAGCUAUGGUUGCUGUUUUUGAAGGAAAGGUUUGUCUUUCGGUACUAUAUAAUGACUCGGAACUAUAUUAAAUAACUUUAAAGACAAAACACUUUUCUAUUACUUAUUUUUUGAUCAACACACUGGACCUGAAAUACUGACCAUCUAAUACAGACAGCAUGCCAGCUUACUGUGCACUACAUAACUGUGUACCAUAUUUGUCAUAGGUAUUCUAGUUUCUGAUUUAUUGUUAUAUCUGUACAGUAGUUAAAAAAACAAGUCUUC